AUGGCGGAUGUUGUCGUUCCUGAAAGAAAAUUGGAAUUGAUGCACACCGAGAUAGAGGAUGGAUCAUGUGUCACAUUCGUCUUGAACGGAGAAGAUCAUACAUUGGGAAACUCACUUAGAUAUAUUAUUAUGAAAGAUCCAGAAGUACAAUUCUGUGGGUAUAGCAUCCCUCAUCCAACUGAAAAUAAAAUUAACUUCAGAAUACAAACAACAGGAACACCUGCAAUCGAUAUAUUAAGAAGGGGACUUAAUAAUUUAACAUCAUUAUGUCAACAUGUAUUGACUACAUUUGAAGACAGUGUUGAUCAAUUCAAGAUAAGACAUCAAGUAAACGGAGAUGUGGACAUGGAUCAGAGUUAAUUACUGCCUCCAGAUUUUUUGUUUGUUUUGUAAAUAAAUUAUAUUUUGCUUUU